UCGGAGAACACGUACCUCUGCCAGAUCUACAACCUGACGCUGCUCUGCAUGGAGGAUUACAUCGUGGAACCCCAGUCCGUGCAGUUCCUGGUGCAGCAUGGCUUUGACUUCAACAAGCAGUACUCCCGGGGGAUCCCAUACCACAAGGGCAAUGAUAAGGGCAAUGAGAACCAGAGCCAGAGCGUUCGGACUUUUUUUCUGGAGCUUAUACGAGCAAAAAAGCCUCUUAUUCUCCAUAAUGGCCUGAUUGAUCUGGUUUUCCUGUACCAGUGCUUCUACGCUCACCUCCCAGACAACCUCGGCACCUUCACCGCUGACCUCUCGGAAACAGGAAUAUAUGACACCAAAUAUGCUUCAGAGUUUGAGACUCGCUUUGUAGCGUCCUACCUGGAGUAUGCAUACAAGAAGUGCAAGCGAGAGAACUGCAAGCUGAAGGAAUCCAGUGGCCAGCAGCUCACUAUUGAGUUCUGCAACUACCCUGCCAACAUGUCCCGUUACAUCGACUUUCGCCACUGCUCUCUGGAAGAAGAAAGCCCCAACGUAGGAGAGGGAAAUAAGGUGCCUGCCUAUGGCUGGUGUCCAAAAGGGGUGAAGUGUCCACAGUCUCAUAACAUUGAUCUCAUAAUUGAUGAGGAUGACAAGUUUUGUGAGGAGAAGCGGAAGAAACGGAAGCACAAAUGGAAACGUCGGAAGAACACAGAAGAGCCUGCAAAGGCAUUUGAACAGGAGAACUCAGGAAAAGAAAUGGAGCUAGCUCAGAAUGGGGAGGAGGAACCGCCACGAAAACAGAGCUGCUAUGAGCCUGCAGCUGCUGCAGAGCUGGCAGAGAUCACACCCAACACUGAGGGCAGGCCACUGGAGGAGAACUCCAUGGACAUGGAACCAGAGGUCAGUUCAGACACCAGCACACAACGGGAAGAAGAUCUGGGGAGCACUGAAGGAACUGCUGCCCAGGUGGCAGCUGCUGCAAGCCCUUCUGCUAAGGGAAAUGCCUCUGACAGUGACCAAGUAGAAGGGAAGUCCAAGGUUCCUGCUGGGUUGGACUCCAUCAACCACCCAGACAUCCCCAAGACUGAAGCAGAAUGUGCUGCAGAAAAGGAAACCCAUGGUCCGCCUUCACAGGGGGGCACACACCGAGCUGGCUUUGAUGCGUUCAUGACUGGAUAUAUCAUGGCUUAUGUCUGGAUGCUAAAGAAAGGGAAAAACACAGACACUGGCACAGGGCCCUGGUUGCCAGACUGCCACAAUAAACUGUAUCUCAGUGGGAAAUCAGUGCCACUUCAAAUAGUGAAGAGCUUGUUUUCUAAAUCUUCCAAAGCUCACAGCCAGAAGAUGAAGCUGGCCUGGGCCAGUGGAUAGAGCCAGAGACUCCUCACUGAACUGGGCUUUUUUUUCUCUCAAGUUUUGAAGUUCUUUAUCCUAUCAAGAACUAGAAGGGGAGCAAGUUUCUUGCUCUUGUUUUUGCUUUAACUUCUGACCGAUUAAAUUGCUCUCAAUUGGA